AUGCCACCCAGAGUCAGAGCAGCCUUGCGUUCUGCGGGAAGUGGUAGGAGAGGCGCGACCGGAAGCCCUACGAUACCAGUUAAUGAGACCGCUGAUGAUACCGUUGAUGAUACCGUUGAUGAUACCGCUGAUGAUACCGUUGAUGAUACCGCUGAUGAUACCGCUGAUGAUACUUAUAAUAUUGCCGCUAAUACUACGAUACCCUUAAAUGCCGAAUUAACAAGUGAAGUUACUGCCGUGGAAUCUACGAGUUCGAGGCAGAACGUGCAAGGGGCGAUUGCCGAUAUAGAGGGGCGAAUUGGUCGGGGCCCAUUAAAUUCCCGUCCACAUAAUGGGGGCUGUGCGGCUAGUGACUCCGAAGGGCAAAUUAUACCAGGUGAUACUUCUCGAUUGUCGACGGGAAGAGGCCUUGGCCUCAUGGCUUACAGUGGCGGCGGUGGACAGACAAUCGAUUCGCAGCAUGGGUUCCAUGCUGGCGGUGUAUCUGGCUCGGCGGAGCCCUUAACUAUCAGUAAUACGAGUGGUGGUACCCGCGGGGACUCAGCCGAUGUCCUAGCCAGGCGACUCUCGCUCAUCGAGAGGACGUUAGAGAGGUUGGCUUUGAAAGUGGACGAGAUGAAUGAGAAAGCAUCCGAGCGCAGUGGUCGAGAGCCGACUGGAAGGGAGCGCAGAGAAGGGAAGCCAGCGGGCGGAGAUGAUCCGAAACCCCUAGACUCCGAUUCGGAUGUGAGUACUGCCU